AUGGACAGUAGGAGGAUGAUUAAAAGAGAAGACUCUAAAAGAAGACAAACCCGUGAUGAUAAUUCCCCCUCCAUCUCGGAUGACUCCGACAGCCAUGAUUCUUCUCCCCGACGACGCUCUUCUAGGAGAAGUAGAGAACGAAGCCGCAGUAGUAAGCACAACCGGCGUCGGGAUUCAGAUUCUGAUUCCGAUUCCGAUGACCACAGGAGUAAGAAGAAAAAGAAGGGGACAGGGUCUUCGAAGAAGAUUGGUGAAGAUGAGAUCGCUGAGUAUCUAACCAAGAAAGCUCAGAAAAAGGCAACGAAAGUAGCAAAGAAGCUGAGAGCUCAGAAUGUUUAUGGUUAUGCCAAUGACUCCAAUCCAUUUGGUGAUUCCAACCUCAAUGAGAAGUUUGUGUGGAGAAAGAAGAUUGAGCGAGAUGUUAUUCAAGGAGCUCCUCUUGACAUGUUCUCUGUUAAGGCCGAAAAGAAGAAACAGAAAGAAAGAAUGGCCGAAAUUGAAAAAGUUAAAAAGAGAAGGGAGGAAAGGGCCAUUGAAAAAGCACAACAUGAAGAGGAAAUGGCCUUGCUAGCUAGAGAGCGUGCUCGAGCUGAAUUCCAAGAUUGGGAAAAGAAAGAAGAAGAGUUUCAUUUUGAUCAAAGCAAAGUUCGAUCUGGAAUAAGGUUGCGUGAAGGGCGUAUCAAGCCAAUUGAUGUACUGUCAAAGCAUGUUAAUCCUUCUGAUGAAUUUGAUGUGGAAUUAGAGGAGCCAUACAUGGUCUUUAAGGGUUUGACAGUUAAGCAAAUGGAAGAGCUUCAUGAGGACAUAAAAAUGCAUCUUGAUUUGGACAGGGGAACACCAACUCAUAUACAAUAUUGGGAGGCACUAUUGGUGGUAUGUGAGUGGGAAUUAGGCGAGGCACGUAAAAAAGAUACAUUGGAUCGAGCUAGAGUCAGAGGCGAACAACCACCCGCUGAACUACUUGCAGAAGAAAGAGGUUUGCACUCAAGCAUAGAAGCUGAUGUCAAGAAGCUUCUAGAUGGAAAGUCAUUCCUUGCCCUCGAAGCUCUCCAAUCACAAAUCGAGUCACAAAUGCGUUCAGGCACUGCUAAAGUUGUCGAGUAUUGGGAAGCUGUUCUUAAACGCCUUCACAUCUACAAGGCCAAGGCUUGCUUAAAGGAAAUUCACAAUAAGAUGCUGAGGAAGCAUCUAGAACAUCUUGAGAAACCAUCUUACGGGGACAUGGAACGAGACAAAACCGUUUCACCCAAAGUGGAGGAAGAAUCCGAUCAUGAUUCCAAGGGUAUUUCCGUCAAUUCACCCCCAGUCUCUCCUGAACCAACACAUGACAAGACAAUGGAGGAAGAAAAAGAAGAAGAAGAAGAAGAAGCUGGCUCCUUCUCACCGGAGCUGUUACAUGGUGAUGAAAAUGAAGACGCGAUUGAUCCUGAAGAGGACAGGGCUAUUUUGGAAAGGAAACGUGUGGAAGUUGUUGAAGAACAACAGAGGAAAUUUCAAGAAGCAAUGGCUUCGAGGCCACCUCCUUCAUCUGAAGAUAGUAAUUUGGAAAUGAGAGCUGUGAAAAUAAUGGGAGCUAUGGAUAAUGGUGAUGAGGUGUUUGGAAACAGUGAUGAAGUUAAUGUUGAUUCACAGGUGUACUGGUGGCAUGAUAAAUAUAGGCCUAGAAAACCCAAGUAUUUCAACAGAGUGCACACGGGUUACGAGUGGAAUAAAUACAAUCAAACUCAUUAUGAUCAUGAUAAUCCACCUCCAAAGAUUGUUCAAGGAUAUAAAUUUAAUAUAUUUUAUCCGGAUCUUGUGGAUAAAAUUAAAGCUCCGAUUUAUACAAUUGAAAAAGAUGGUGAUAGUGCUGAAACAUGCAUCAUUCGUUUCCAUGCGGGCCCACCCUAUGAAGAUAUCGCGUUUCGCAUAGUGAACAAAGAAUGGGAGUAUUCACACAAGAAGGGAUUUAAAUGCACAUUUGAACGUGGAAUCUUGCAUGUUUAUUUCAACUUCAAACGUUAUAGGCUUUCCGAUAUACAAACAACAAAAGAGUUCGUGGUGUGUAUACAGUUUCCUUCCACCUCACGAUCACGGACUAGUUUUGGUGUACAUAUGACGAACGGUAAAGCAGAGGGGGAGAAAGAGGGUAGAAGAAAGCUUAUUGGUCGUUGUGGUUCGUGUUCCAUACCACAUUCAACCACGACAACGACCAACAACAUAAGCAAGCCCGAACUGGUGUUCAUGUUUGUGGUUCGCACCAAGGUGGACAAUGGAUGA